CGGCGCGCGGUGAGGCUCAUUCCCGUCGCAGCCCCAGCCGGUUGACUGAGGGGCUGCACCCUGGCGAGUUGCGGGCGCUAUAGAGGCCAGCUUCGGUGUUCUCGCCGUGUCACCCGCUUCAGCGUCCCCGUGGCCGCCCGGAGCCUACUCUUCGGGCCUGGACGCCAGGCCUGAGGCCGUGUCGCCAUGGACUUCUCCAAGUUCCUGGCCGACGACUUCGACGUGAAAGAGUGGAUCAACGCGGCCUUCAGGGCUGGCCCGAAAGACUCGGCCGCCGGGAAGGCGGACGGCCACGCAGCCACCCUGGUGAUGAAGCUGCAGCUGUUCAUCCAGGAGGUGAACCACGCCGUGGAGGAAACAAGUCACCAGGCCCUUCAGAACAUGCCCAAAGUGCUCCGUGAUGUUGAAGCUCUUAAACAGGAGGCAUCUUUUCUAAAAGAACAAAUGAUUCUUGUCAAGGAAGACAUUAAAAAAUUUGAACAGGACACAUCGCAGUCGAUGCAGGUAUUGGUGGAAAUCGACCAGGUGAAGUCCAGGAUGCAGCUUGCUGCUGAAUCUCUUCAAGAAGCGGACAAGUGGAGCACGCUGAGCGCCGAUAUUGAGGAGACAUUUAAGACUCAAGAUAUCACUGUGAUUUCUGCCAAGCUAACUGGCAUGCAGAACAGCUUGACAAUGCUUGUGGAUACACCAGACUACUCAGAAAAAUGUGUGCACUUAGAGGCCUUGAAGAACAGACUGGAGGCCCUGGCCAGUCCUCAGAUUGUAGCAGCAUUCACUUCUCAGUCUGUAGAUCAGUCCAAAAUAUUUGUGAAGGUUUUUACUGAAAUUGACCGGAUGCCCCAGCUCCUUGCAUACUAUUACAAGUGUCACAAGGUGCAGCUUUUGGCAGCCUGGCAAGAGCUGUGCCAGAGUGACCUGCCCCUGGACCGCCAGCUCACCGGCCUCUAUGACGCCUUGCUCGCUGCUUGGCACACGCAAAUCCAGUGGGCCACGCAGGUUUUCAAGAACCCUCACGAGGUUGUGACAGUGCUGCUGAUCCAGACCCUGGGGGCCUUGGUGCCCUCCCUGCCUAUGUGCCUCAGCGCUGGCGUGGAGAGGGCGGGACCCGAGCUGGAGCUCACCAAACUGCUGGAGUUCUACGACACCACCGCCCACUUUGCCAAGGGGUUGGAGGUGGCACUGCUCCCCCACCUACAGGAGCACAACCUGGUGAAAGUCGUGGAGCUGGUGGAUGCCGUGUACGGACCCUAUAGACCCUACCAGCUGAAGUACGGCGAGAUGGAGGAGAGCAACCUCCUCAUCCAGAUCAGCGCUGUGCCCUUGGAGCACGGGGAAGUGAUGGACUGUGUGCAAGAGCUGAGCCAUUCCGUGAACAAGCUCUUCAGUCUGGCAUCUGCAGCUGUUGACAGAUGUGCCAGGUUUACCAAUGGCUUGGGGACCUGCGGCCUGCUGACAGCCCUGAAAUCCCUCUUUGCCAAGUAUGUGUCUGAUUUCACCAGUGCUCUCCAGUCGAUACGAAAGAAGUGCAAACUGGACGAAAUUCCUCCCAACUCCCUUUUUCAAGAAGACUGGACAGCUUUUCAGAACUCCAUCAGGAUAAUAGCCACCUGUGGAGAGCUCCUGCGGCAGUGUGGGGACUUCGAGCAGCAGCUGGCCAACAGGAUUCUGUCCACAGCGGGGAAGUAUCUGUCCGACUCCUACAGCCCUCGGAGCCUGGCUGGCUUUCAGGAAAGCAUCUUGACAGACAAGAGGAGCUCUGCCAAGAACCCGUGGCAGGAGUACAAUUACCUCCAGAAAGACGACCCUGCCGAGUACGCCAGUUUAAUGGAGACCCUCUAUACCCUCAAGGAAAAAGGCUCCAGUAAUCACAACCUGCUGGCCGCACCGCGGGCAGCCCUGACUCGGCUCACCCAGCAGGCCCACCAGCUGGCCUUCGACUCCGUCUUCCUGCGCAUUAAACAGCAGCUGCUACUCGUUUCCAAGAUGGAGAGCUGGACCACAGCUGGCAUCGGCGAGACCCUGACCGAUGACCUGCCCGCCUUCAGCCUCACCCCUCUGGAGUACAUCAGCAACAUCGGGCAGUACAUCAUGUCCCUGCCCCUGAAUCUUGAGCCAUUUGUGACUCAGGAGGACUCUGCCUUAGAGCUGGCUUUGCACGCCGGAAAGCUCCCGUUUCCUCCUGAGCAAGGGGAUGAACUGCCCGAGCUGGACAACAUGGCCGACAACUGGCUGGGCUCCAUCGCCAGAGCCACCAUGCAGACCUACUGUGACGUGAUCCUCCAGAUCCCAGAGCUGACCCCACACUCAACCAAGCAGCUGGCCACCGACAUUGACUACCUGAUCAACGUGAUGGACGCCCUGGGCCUGCAGCCUUCCCGCACCCUCCAGAACAUCGGGACGCUCUUGAAGGCCAAGCCUGAGGAUUACAGGCAGGUCAGCAAGGGUCUGCCGCGCCGCCUCAGCACCACGGUGGCCGCCAUGCGGGGUGUGAGCUACUGACCCCACGGCCCAUCCGAGGAGAGGCUCGGGGCUGGUGUGGACUCCUCUCAAAAUCUGCCAGCAAUGAGGCACAGGCUGCUUUAAAAAGACUUGGUUCUUUUGUAUAAUGAAAAAGGUUGUACGUAAGAGGUAUUUUAUUUAUUAAAAAGGACUUUUCAGAUGAUUUUUUAAAAAUGA